AUGACCUCGCCUACAGAAACUCCUCUUGUCGUUGAAUCUAGUGCUGGCGGUGUACAUCCUGCACCCGCUGUUUCUGAAUCCAGAAAUGGUUCUAACGUGACAAUACGAGAUGGAUUCAUUGCGACUAUAACAUUCGCGAAAAAGCUGUUUGACGAGGUUGUGAUGCCCUCAAUCUCGUCGUUCAUUGAAACAUCCAGGACCAAUCCUAGGGUAGCAGCCAUUGCUGGCACACCGGCCCUGUUGGCUUUCCUGUUCACUGCUGCUUUUCUCAUAUUCUCUACCCUCACACUCAUUAUAUGGACGAUCAUUACCGUGGUAUUUGGCAUCGUAUUUGUUAUCAUCGGCGGAUUUAAAGCAUUACUCGUCAAGCUUAUGUUUGUUAUCAUUACUGCGAUUCCUCUGACUGUCAUAGGCACGAGCCUUCUUGUCUGUGGAAACUCGCUGGCGCAUAUGAUUAUCAGACAACUGCCCGGACGGUCGAGCUCUGACGGUAGUACUCCAAGCUCUACCGACGAGGUAGAUUGGCAAAGAGUGGCCGAGGCUUUGGCAAGAAAUACAAUACAGGGGGUCAGAUCCAGCAUUCCGUUAAUUCAUGCGGUAUUCGAGACAAUUAGAAAUGUUUUCCGAGCAUCGUACACUUCUUUUUGGGCUGCCAUCAUGCUUAUGCACGAUACAGCAGCUAGAGACGCAGGAGCCUUUACUCGCAGUACUCCUACUCCUCCACAACCUCCCACUGGAUCAACAGAAAAUUCGACACCUGUUGGCUCAAGGGCUACAGAAGUGGUGUCUCCUCCUCUAAGCGACUCCAGUGACCAGGAGAUAGUCGUCAUUGAGCCGGUGAACCUCCCCAGUACAUCGAAUUCCGGCAAACAAAUUCCAACUUUACAUCAAAGGGCAGCGUUCAAACGCACCGGCGAUAACGACGAGAAUUAA